AUGACAACAUACUUCAUUCGAAACUAUAAAGAAAUUCUCAAAGCUUGUGGUGGAAUGAACAUUGAGAAACAGAUGAAGAUUUAUACAAAGAGAGAAGAUAAAUAUGUAGUUCGUUAUGAUAGAACAACACCGUUAUGGGAUGUUAUGAAAACAUUGUGGGAGUGCAAAUAUUUCGAACCUAUUUCUUAUGGAGAACUUUUCACAUAUACUACUGACUUAUAUAAACAGAACCUUGCACCAUUUAAAGAUUUGACAUAUGCUCCAAAGUAUUGUGUACAACUGAAGAAGAAAGCAGAGUCAAAAGAAGUAAAUAAAGCUAAAUGUAAAUUCAUACCUGAGCACGUUUUCUUUGCUGACUUUGAGUGUAGUACGGAUGGCUUUCAUAAAGCUUUUAACAUCUGUUAUGACAGUGAAGAUGGUUCAGUUAGUGAAAGCAUUUGGGGUCAAAACUGUGCAACAGAAUUUUUGGAAAGACUUCCUGACAAGAGUUUAAUAUAUUUUCACAACCUCAGUUAUGACAUAAACUUCAUCUUAAGACACAUGACAGAAGUGAAAGGAACUCCCAUCAUUAAAGGUUCACGAACAAUGCAAAUAACUGGCUUAUAUAAAGGACGGGCAAUUAUUAUAAAAGACUCUUACAGUGUUAUAAAUAAGAAGCUUAAACUAUUUCCUGCUAUGUUUAACUUACAAACAGGACCGAAAGAAGUAUUUCCAUAUAACUACUACAGCAGUGUUUUGUUAGCAAAUGACAACAGAACUGGUGUCAUUUCUGAAGCAUGUAAGUUUAUCCAUGAUGCAGAUACAUUUAUGAAGAACAUAGAUUCCAUCAAAGGUUGCAGAAUAGAUGAAAACCACUUCGACUUAGAAAAAUAUAG